AUGACAGUGGACGACGAAGCGUCCGCGAUAGACGCCCAGAUGGCUCGUCUCCGGGCCCAACUUGGAGGACUCCGAAAACGACGUCAGCUCCUUGAGCUAGAAUCUCAAGUGGCUGAGGAGGAAAAACUACUCCAAGAAGCAGAGGAUAAACUCAAUGCAUUUCGUUACCCGACUGCGAGUCCCUUGCACAGCGUGGAGCCGACUAUCAAUUCUACACGGGUGAUGGUGGAUGCUUUUAUUGACUCGGUUGUGAGCCCUCAAUCUGAGCAGCCACCUGUCACGAACGGUUCGGCUACCAAUGACAAUACUCGCCCGGUGUCGACUCAACCGAGUGAGACCCCGAAGCAAAACGGGGCGGCUGCACGAGUAUCGCCGUCCACGGUGCCUAAUAAGCGCCCUGCAGCUUCACCUACAGCUGUACCAAGUGGUGCAUAUAGGAAUGACGCGGUUUCGGUAUCGACCCUAGCACCACCACCCGCUAAAAUGCAAAAAGUGAACUCACCUACACCACAAAACCAACCUCAGCAGCCGAAUGGACAACCCAUUACGUCGGCUAAGCAGGUAGCUAACACGACUCCCAAGCCGGAAAUCACGGGAUCCAAUGUGAAGCCAGUCGCUCAGCAAGCAACACCCCAGGCGAUUUCAAACCCUCAGCCACAAAAACCUGCCAAUCAGGUGACAAAUGGCUCUGUGGCACAAGGGAACAGCUUGCCAGCUAAAUUGAGUACACCAGUAAGCCAGUUUACGGCUCUACCGUCAACCCUCCAGCAGGUUGCACCAGGGAAACAGAAGCCAGACUUGCUCGAGUCGCCGCAAGUUAGCCAGCACAUAACACCAACGUUGAGUGAGAAAAGUGAGAGACUCAGAAACAAGAUAAGUCAACUGAAGGAGGCCUCGCAUGGCAUCAAUAAGCCAGAUCAACAACCAGCGCAACCAGUGCAGCCAGCGAGCCCACAGUCGGUUGAAAAAGAGGGCAAAGUUUACGUCUUUCCUCCGCGGCCUCCUAAAAUCCCACUGUACCAGGCUAAAAAGUGGGAUGAAUGUCAAAAGUUUUUCACUGGAAUGGAAGCUCACUUUCUCAAACAUCCCUCUUUCUUCCCCACCGAUAGCUCUAGGGUUGACCUAGGUGUCCGUUAUCUUGCACCGGAAUUUCGUUUUUACUGGGACACGUUUGCCGAAAAACAUGGCAAAUCAUGGAAUACCUAUAUCAUCUUCUUGUCGCAUGCACUGGCUCGCGACAGCAAUGAAAAGACGGCUACUAUGCUCUUUACAAAUGGGACUCAAUUUUACAACCAAUCCGUCAAAGAUUUUGCAAUCUGGAUGAUUCAGUGGGAGCCUCACCUUCUGUUCAAUGUUAAGGAUCAUAUGUUCCAUCUGAAAAGAGGUCUUCUGCCAUCUAUCCGAGCCAAGGCGACCUUAUCACAUGAUAAAUUUGACAACUAUCUUUCAUAUGUGGUUUAUCUUCAAUCCAUUGAGAAUUCAAUCGUUGAACGUGUGAAGUUUUUCGGCGGCAAACAGCCAAACUUCUUCAUUACGAAUGGGCCUCAAUACGAAGUGGAGGAGCAGUCUAACACACACUCCAACGAAAGACCCGCGGCAAAGCCUGAAGGGCAGCCUAUACAGAUUUCCAAAGCAAAGGCCCAAGAGAAUGCCAAAGAGUCAUCGCCUCCUACUAAGCCGGGGCAGUGCAACGUUCGCCGCCCAGGCAGCCCAGAGAUCGCUCGCCGUCUAGGAGGCCCAGAGAUCGCUCCCGAUCUUGGUCCCCUCGAGCUCGCUCAAGGUCUAGAGGCUACAGGCCGCGUUCGCCGUCCCGAGCCCCUAGAGCUGGCUCCCCAUCGAGGGGUUACAGAGCUCGCUCCCCAUCCAUGCCAGGAAGAAGGUACUCUAGAAGAUACAGAAGUCCAUCGCCGCCCAGAAGAUCAAGAUCCCGCUCAUCACCUAGACGUCGCCGCGGUCGUUCGCCAUCCAGAGCCUCCAGAUAUCGCACGCGAGAGGACUCAAGAGAGCGCGCAUCGCCGCCAGUUCACAAGGAUCGUUCUUCGUUUAUCCGGCCACCAAGUCCUCAACAUAUCCCAGACAUAG